AUGAAGUCGAGCAACGUCACACAACUGCUGGCUCUUGUUUCAACAUUGGCUUCUGCAGCCAUAUUUAAUCACGAAUUGAAGCCCAGGUUUAUCGGUAUUGACGAGAAUGGCGCACAUCUCUACGAAACGUACCAAAUAGUCCACGGCACUGGCGGCGUACCGUCACGAUUCUACCCUAGUAGCAACAAGAGCGAGGAUGGCAGUAUCGAGGCAGCCCUCAGAACUCCACGAGGAGUUCUGAAUGUUCUACGAAAUAAAAGGGCGGAAUGUCAGCGUGGAAAUAAGAAAUGUGAUGGUGCCGAUAAAUGCUGUGAUGGCGAAAUCUGUUGCGAGUACGGCUACUGUUUGGAUAAGGCCAGAAUCUGCUGUCCAAAAGGAGGAUGCGAUGCGGGAAAGUUAUGCUGCGGCCAAAGCAACUGUAGCCCAGCUGACGGUGCCUGUUGCCGCGAUGAAAGCUCUUGUCAGAAGGGAAACAUGUGCGUUCAGUUUGGUGAUGCGGGAAUCAUGUGUUGCUCUGAUAAAAAGUGUACUGCACAUGUUGAAAACGGCAAAACGAUAAGUGCUCCGUCAUCAACCGCCACAUCAACUUCAACCUCCAAACCUGGCGAGACAGUCACGGAAGGCAGCGCGGCUGGUGCCACGACCACAGAUACUGGUGGUAACGCACGCGGAUCGCCCACGACAUCUUCAUCAGGACCGCGCAAAACAUCAUCAACUGUGACCGAUCCUGGUUCCAGUGCCGCUGACGAUGACCGAAGCCAUAACAACGAUGGUGGUACGGCUUUGGGUAAUACAGAUUCCGGCCCUAAUAUCGGGGCCAUUGUUGGAGGCGUAGUUGGUGCUGUUGGAGGCAUCGCACUGAUUGCGCUUAUAAUCGUAUGCGUGCUUCGUCGCAACAAGCGUACCAUGGAGGAGAUUAAUUCACAGCACCAACACGGCAGCCAAUACCAAGGAUCCAUGGCACCCCGUUCUAUUGUGUCGGGACAUGGACAAGCGUCUCUGAGAUCUGCGAGAUCGGCAGUCUCCCCAGUCACAGGAGGCUUCUCACCUCGAUCGCAGUUUGACAAGUAUAGUCCAUCGCCUCUUGGAGGGGCAUCAUCACCGAAUCAGGAUUGGAACGCGCUAUCCGCUAGAAGUGUUGGGGCGUCAAUGGGAAUGUCAGUACUGGGAUCCCCAGCACCCUCUCAACUAGCACAAAGCCAGCAUGCAGUGUCAUUACGAGACACCAUGACUGUCGCUUCAACCUCAGUGAGAGCAGCAAGCAUCUCAGCCAUGCCGUCCAUCGGACCAGGCGGCAAGCCCCAAACAGAAAUUUGUGAAGCUCCUACCCAUAUAGCGGAGUUGAGACGAGGCCCAGUACACGAGGCUCCGACAGAUAUGUCGGAUAGCCACCGGGGAGAGAUGCAGGAGAUGGAGUGA